CCCGACCCCACCACUUCCUCCACAGCUCUCACAUUUGUGCAGCUCUUUCACGCUCAUCACAUAAUUCAAGGUCUCACCAUCACAUGAAGAUCACACUUGUUCACUUUAACUUAAAAAAACAGCCACAGAAUUUUAAACCAGUGGAUUAUAAAUAGAUCUCUGCGCUGUACAAACUCCCUGCUGCUUUAAAACAGAAGAAAAAACUUUUGGGGGAACUUUGGACCACAUUACAGCUGCAUGCGGAGGCAAGCAGCUCGGCAGCGAUGUCAUCUCUACUUUCUCACAACAAAGAUCAGCCCCGCAUCAGAAAGACGCUCUCUGACUCCUUGCCAGCUUCAUCCGCUGCCACCACCAAGAGCCUGAGGCACGAGAGACUGUCCAGACUGAACUCGUCUGGAUCCUCCGACGUCUCCAACAGCACAUCAAACCAUGCUGAGUCUUACUUCCAACGGCGGGAAAACAGACUUUCUGCAAGGAAAAAGGCAGAAGAAGAGACAGCAAACAAUGACUAUAAAAAGAUGUAUGAAAAGGCUCUGGCCACCAAUCAAAGGCUCAAGUCCAGGCUGGAGACCAGUAAACAGGAACUGGCUGUGAUUCAGGACCAGCUGCAGAGAGCGCAGAGGGGAAAAGUGGGAGAUUGUGGCUCCAAUGAGCUUGAGACAGAAAAAAAGGAAAGUUGGAGUCUAAAAAACAGGAUAUCAGAUAUGGAAGAGCAGUUGAAGGUUAAAGCAGAGCUGAAGACGGAGAACCAGAGACUGAAGGACGAGAACGGAGCUUUAAUCCGAGUCAUCACUAAACUGUCCAAGUGAGACAGAAAGCAGGAAGGAUGAGAAGAAGAGGGACGGAUACCAGAAGUGAAAUCUUUACUUGCGUUCUUCCACCAUAAACCCUCAGACAGAAUGUAUGUACGUAGUUCUCUGGUAAUGUUGGAAACUUGCGUCUGUUGAGUAACUAACAUUUGCAGGGAUAAAAACACAGCUGUGAAAGCUUCAUGUCACUGUACUGUAUCUAAAGUAGAAGCACAUUUCCAGACAGAAAAUGCAUUAAAUUAAAAUAAAUUUUGUAUAUUCAUAAUAUUUCUCAAUAAAACGCAAACACGA